UCUUGCCUACACUUUACAUUGUGUUGUAGAUUUUAAAAACUAUAAAUGUCAACUGUUCGGUAAGAAUGCUUUCACCGGAAAUUAAUGGACUUGUUAAUAGUGGUCAACAGAAUAGCGCCAACCACUCUGAUGCGACAAAUAACUCACAAGAUUCACAAAUGUGCGACUGGCAACGAACGAUGACGUCACAAUUGAAUAAUGAUACAUCAAGUGGAAGUAGCAACGUUGCUGAAAGAGUGAGGAGUGCAUUGAGUAGCGUCACUGCGUGUUCCUCUUUACAUUCACAAGGAGAAAUGAAUUCACUGCAGUCACCAUCACUGGCUGCUGUGCCAAAUAUGAGCACGGACACAUCGUUAGACAAACCACCGCGGGGUGAUAAAAACAAAAUGAAGUUGAAUCCAACCUCUUUACCUAAUAUAACAGUGAAAAAACGAUUUAAACAUUCUCGCCCGAUGCUACCUAGUCACGGUACUCCAGAGAAAAAGGUCAAAACAGGUCUAGAGCAAAUUUCCGAAAAUUAUGUGACUUCUGUUAUCUCGACCUUACAGAAUGCGGCUUGUACGUCAGGUAGUGGACAUACCACUACGGUCCAAUUUUCGCCAAAUACGAACAACGUAAAUGCUCAAAUGUCGAAACCGUACGUAGCCGUUACUACAAGUAUACCGACACAUAAACCAACUUCACUUAUCGUGUGUCCUGCAUGUGUCAGCCCACAGACAGUUUCGAUCGGUAAUGGUUUCUAUAAGUGUUUAACAUGCAACAAGACUUACAUGCCCGUGCACAGAAUGAAUGUGUCAACGCCGGGCUUGCGUCCGAACGCGUUUUAUGGCAUGUCGCCUAAUAUGAAUACUGCAAAUUCACCUUUACUACCUACUCCUCCAUCACCCUUAACGAAAAAACGCGGUAAAAGUUCUAAAAACCAAAAAGCGGAGACUAUCGAUUUAGUUUCCAGCGAUGAAGAAGAAAAGCCGUCCCCGUCAGCCGCACCCACUGCACCUACAACGACGACCCCUUGCACCACAUCAUCAGCUGAACAUGUUGGACUGGCAAGUCGCAUGAGGCUACCGGGAGGUGCUCUUCCAAGUCGAACAAACACGUCCACGCCACCACCGCAACCCUCGCCGUCUCCCUCACCAACUCCUGCAGCGACUCCACCGUUGACUGGCGAGUACAAGUUUCACUGCAAGAAAGCCAUGUUUGGAGAGCUAUACGGUCAAACUUUGGCGCCAAUUCGUGUUGCGGAUAAUCGAUUGUACUUGAGUUUGGAGUGCAUAAUUUACCGAAACAAUGCACCGAUUACCGAGAAGUAUACGUUGUCAGUUGGACAAAAUGACGUACAGCAGGUGAUGGUGUAUUUUGGACGUGUGCCGUCCUUUGUUGCUAUCGAAACAGCUAGUAGAUUUGCCGAAGUUGCUUGUCGUCGCAUCGGAAGAAAUGUGUUAGUACCAAGCUCGUCGGACCCUAAAAAGCGCCAUAUAAUUCUAGCUUUGGUAUCUGCAUUUAAAAACGACAACGAGGCCGCCGUAGAAGUAGGUUAUUUGCUUUCCUGUCUCUCCCCAUGGACUCGUGUUAAGUUGCUGGCUCUUGAAGAAGCAACAGAGAUUAUAGCUCUCGCAAAUUUAGACGUCGACCAAAAGGAACUGAGUUAUGGUACGCAGCUAAAACACACAGGGCCAGUGGAGACUCUUCUUAUAUACCCUUCGCCUCCUAAAGCAGGUGGUAUACCUGUGACGAACGAGGACGUAGCUUGCCUUGCUGAGGGAACUUACCUAAACGAUAUCAUAAUCGAUUUUUAUUUAAAGUAUUUGCUAGAGAGUGUUCUAACUCCAUCACAGCGAGAAAAAACGUAUAUUUUUAAUUCAUAUUUCUAUAAAAGGUUAACCCAGAAGCAAGGCUCUAAGUCUACGGCAAAGCAAAUGCAUGCGUCAGUUAAGAAGUGGACAAGAAACGUUGACAUUUUUGACAAGAACUUUAUUGUUAUUCCGGUGAACGAGCACUGUCAUUGGUACUUAGUUGUGGUGUGUUUCCCUGGCAACCAUAUGGUCAACACAGAUGAUUUGAACGAAAAGGACGAAGAGGUGGAUGAAGACGAGUCUGCGGAUUUUGUAAAAGAAACGCCCCCUGAUAAAGCGGUUACGUCUGAAACAACCACCGCCCCCUCCACUACCGUGCCUGAGAACAGCGAACCGAGUAACGUCGAGGUGUUGCCUUCUAAAGAUCAGAACGUAGCAGCUACCAACAGUGGAAUGAUCGAAGAUAACACUAAAGGAGAAGUUGUUAAUUCUAAGGAUAAUCCGGCGACGAUGGGUGUUUCGUCAAAUAUGGAAAAUAGAGAUUAUAGCAAAGACGAAACUAAAACGGUUCCAACUGAAUCCAGUGAAAUAUUCCCACCACCCACUCCUGAGAAACCGAAAAUUGUGUACCCGCAGGCGAAUGCAGUGGAUGAAUUUUUACGUCCAUGCAUUUUGAUAUUUGAUUCUUUAGUUGGGAGCGGACAUAACAGAGUUUUUACAAAUCUGCGAAACUAUAUAACUGAAGAAUGGUCGAGUCGAAAACCUGACGAGCCGCCGAAAAUCUUCGAUAAAUCCACCAUGAAGGGUUGUUAUCCGAAAAUACCUCGACAGAACAACGACUGCGACUGUGGCGUUUUUCUUUUGCAGUAUGUGGAAUCUUUUUUUACGCAACCCAUUAAAAGUUACCGGUUGCCGAUUCAUUUGGAAGAAUGGUUUACGUUAGAACUGGUUUCUAAAAAACGAGAGCAAAUCAAAGAGCUUAUCAACACUCUAGCUUUAGAGUAUAAAAAAAAUUCUGCGCCAAAAAAAUGAUAUUUUGUAUAUAUUGUUUACGUUCUCUUGUUUCAUGUUAUUUGAUGAAAAAAGUA